UUGGUAACGGAGACAAUAUGGCGUCGCGUUUAAUCAGGAGGUGACAAGAAUGCAGUGGUGGGUGGAAGAUUGCGUUAUUAUCAGCUGAGAUUUAUCUUUCGAAAAGAAGUUUCGUAAGUUUGCAGCUUUCAUUGAACCUCCAGCAAGUUCAUUACAAAGAAGCACACACGCAAGAUUUGAGGUUUUCACGGCGGUAUUUGUUCUUUGUUGACGGGAUGUAUAAUUUAGUACUGGUUGUCCUGGUCACUGCACUGUGCGUGGACUCGCUGACAGUGUAUGGCUCCCACAACACCUUUUUGUUUAACACGUUCGAUCAGGAGGAAGAGGACAAUGUCAUUGAUAGCAAGAAGGAACCUCCUCCGCACUCAGAAGUAGCUAAGAUGGCACGCUACAUAGUUCAUAACUCAGAAUGGGCUCUGGUGGCAUAUAAAUCUCAGCAGCUUGUGACAAACGAGUUCCCGAUGGGAACUGUACUCUCUGUGAGUGAUGGACCAUUGGGCAGUGGAAAUGGAACACCAUAUGUAUACGUGUCCGAAUUGGAGGAUGCAAUUCAGGACACAGAUAAAGACUCGAGGUGCUCCCUGACUAUGACCCUGGCUGAGGGGAGUUAUUGCAAGGAGAAGAAGCUCGACCCUCAAUACCCCACUUGUCCACAAGUUACGCUCGUUGGGAGAAUAGAGAGGGUUAAAAAUGGUACAACAGAAGAGGCGUUUGCACAAGAAGCGCUGUUUAGCCGUCAUCCUUCAAUGAAAACAUGGCCAAAAGACCACAACUUUUUCUUCAUGAAGCUCAGCAUAGAACGUGUCAUGAUAGUGGAUUACUUUGGCGGACCAAUCUAUGUUGAUGUGGAUGACUACUUCAAUGUGACACCGUAACCUUUUCAUAGCCUGCUUGUUAUCAGCACUGGAACAGCAUGGCGACUCCUCUGUUAACAGCAAUACCGGGAAUGUAGGAAAGAAAAAUUAUAUAACGUAAAAGUACAAAUGCCAACUUCCUGCUCACACUUCCGUCCCCCCCUCCCCCCGGUCUCUUCUUUAGAUAAUUCUGCAUAUAACGUGUAGAUUGUUUUGUGGUACGCAGUCAAGUAUAUUUAUUGGAGUGCUCUGCGUACAAAAUUUUAUCAACUAUAAACCUGCCAUUCUGCUCGCUCGCUAACAUGAAAUCCUACAUAGAACGAAAAAUUAUUUUACACAAAAGUUGCAGUUAUUAAUGAGACAUAUUUUAUUUUUGGUGGGUUACGUGAUUACUUUGAUAUUUUGAAUACUGUGGAAACUUUCUACACGUUACAUGAUUGGGUGAUUUAAUUUGGGUCUGUCACAAUGCAACAAAGCAAGAUGCCUCGAUUGAUUUAUCACCCAUCUUGCUUUGCUGUGCUGAAGAGAUGAAGACGGUAACUGAUUCAGUGAAAUGCUUUGGAAAGUUGUGUCUGUAUGCUUAAAUAUUUAUUACUGUUUUAUUGUUAUUUGCAUAGUUAUAAUAAACAUGAUGCAACGAUGAA